CCAAAAAACGAUUCGUGAAUAAACAAGAAGAAGAGGUAGUAGGGGAACGCAAUGCACCAUAGGAAGGCACCACAUACAAGAUGUAAUGAUUAGUUGGAUAGUGUGGUUUUGAAACAGAUUAUUGCAUAACAAGGUAAAUAACUGAUAUCUCUUUGAGACCAUCAAAUAUAGUUAAGGAGCUGAGCAAAAUACUUUUCUGUUUGGUUGUAUACACGUGAAAGUCACUCUGUAAACACUUGAACUCUGCUGCCCUUCACGAGAAACAAACAGCUGGAUUAAAGUCGACUCAGCCUCUGUUCUCAGAUGAACCGUCUGUAAGUCCAUUGUUAACACCACCGAAAAAGCACCAUGGAUGAAAGUAUAAAGUGUGACAUCAACAGGAAACUAAUUAAUUAAAAAAGUCAUUGUUACUAACAGAGCUCUCAGUACAGCACCAUAUGUGGAACUGUUACAAGAGACCUCCAGGGAAUUCAGAAGUCACCAGCAGUGCUGUCACAACUUGCAAGACUUACAGCCUUAACUCAGGAUGCAUCCGGAUCUGUCGCCCCAUCUACAUACUGACGAGUGUAAUCAACUUAUAACACUUCUCAAACAGUGCCAUAAGGAGCAUAACGUCCUCAAGUUCUUUGGCACAUGUAAUGAUUUGGACCGUGCAAUGCGAGACUGUCUGAAGAAAGAGUAUCAGGCAAAGAGGGAGCGCAGCAAGGCCCACGCAGAAGAAAUGAGACAGCGUUUAAAGGAACAGCCAAAAGAGCAUCCCUAGUAUCGAACACCCCCCACCCCCCACUUGGAGGACAAACCCCUGCUCCAGACAUGAACUAGUUUCUGGUGUUCUUAGGGUGCCUGGACACUUUAAAUCUGGAAUGCUUUUCUAUGAGGAUUAAGUUAUUUUGACCCUUGCAGUAAAUAAGCCAGUAGAUCCAGUUGUCUGAAGAUGAAGUUUAUUUAAAUUUUUUUAAUUGCAUUCUGUGAUUCCAGAUGUUACCUACUGAUCUGGAGAGUGGGUGUGAGACUAAACAAUGUCAAAAUUGUGAUUGUUUAAACUCCAAUUAAAAAAGUUAAAAAUUAA